AUGAGAUUGGCACGCAGCGUGCUCGCUUCGGCGGCGUUGUUAAGUUCAACUUCCGCUCUCAGCUUGGCCGAUGUAUGCACAGUUUCGUACGUGCAGUCGGUAUUGCCUGCGGACAACUUCGUCGAGGGCAUCACCCUGUCGCCAGACUCUGUUACGGCCAAUGCGGUGACGAACUACACUGUUGCCUCUAGCUCUCUCUGUCCUGGGAAGAGUGGGCUUGACUUUUGCAACGUCACCUUCUCUUAUACCCACACCGGCCUUGACGAUACGACAAACCUCUGGUACUGGCUUCCCAGCCCUGAACAGUUCGCCAACCGCUAUCUGUCCAUUGGCGGCGGCGGCCUUUCGAUCACCCCGGGCCAACAAGGGCUGGGCAACGGUCUUGUUUACGGCGCAGUUGCGGGAACCACAGACGGUGGUUUUGGUGGAUUCAACAGCGACCUCACCUCGGUUCUCCUCCUGGCCAACGGUACUCUGAAUUACAACGCUCUCUUUGCUUUUGGAUACAAAGCCAUCCACGAAAUGAGCGUCCUCGGCAAGGAGCUCACCAGGCAGUACUACAACUCAUCUGACUUCUACUCGUAUUACCAAGGAUGCUCUGAAGGCGGCCGUGAAGGCUGGAGUCAGAUCCAGCGCUACGGGACCCAGUUUGACGGUGCGGCCGUUGGCGCACCGGCGUUCCGUCAGGCUUUCCAGCAGGUUUUUCACCUCUUCGAGAACGUUGUCGAGACGACGCACAACUAUUACCCCUCGUCUUGCGAGCUGCAACGUAUCAACAAUGACACUAUUGCUGCCUGCGAUGGAUUGGAUGGCCGAGUCGACGGCGUGGUCAGUCGAACCGACCUUUGUAAGCUACAGCACAACGCUACCUCAAGCAUCGGUAACCCCUUCAGCUGCAAAGCCUCGAGCGGCGGCGGCUUUCCAGGCGGACCUGGAGGCGGUGGUGCCUCACCCGCCAUCAACGGAACCGUUUCCGCCGAGGCCGCCUCAGUGGCCAACGACAUCAUCAAGGGCCUAUUCGACUCCAAGGGCCGACAAGUAUACAUCUCCUUCCAGCCCUCAGCCCCUUUCUCUGAUGCUGCCACGAGCUACAACACCAGCUCGGGCCAAUACUACGCCAAAGCCAGUGGCAUCGCCCUCCAAUACAUCAACCUGUUCCUCAAGGAGGUCGACUCGAAUUCCCUCUCCCUCGACGGCGUCACGUAUGACACCCUGCGCACCUGGAUACUCGAGGGUAUGCAAAAGUUUGCCGAUACGUUGCAGACUACCUGGCCUGACCUUGAGGACUUCCACGACAACGGCGGGAAGGUUAUUCACUUCCAUGGCGAGAGCGAUGAUAGUGUCCCUGCGGCUUCGUCUGUUAUUUACCACGACUCCGUCCGCAAGAUCAUGUACCCGGACCAGGAUCAAAAGGAUGGGUACGAUAGCUUGAAUGAAUGGUACAAGCUGUUCCUGGUCCCUGGAGCAGGGCACUGCGCCCCGAGUACUACCCAGCCGAAUGGGCCGUUUCCGCAGGCUGUGCUGCAGAGUGUGAUCGACUGGGUGGAGAAUGGGAUUGAGCCGACGAUGCUUAAUGCCACUGUCCUGAAUGGUAACACUACGGAUGUCGAGCAGAAGCUGUGUGGCUUUCCACUGCGGCCUUACUGGGAUGACGACGGAACUAUGGAGUGUGUUUAUGAACAGGAAUCUAUUGAUUCUUGGUUGCCUACUUUCGAUUCGAUACCAUUGCCCGUCUAUUGA